AACUUCUACUCCUUCGUCAGGCAGGUGUUGGCGGUGGUAGUGGCGGCGGUGGUGGUGGUGGCGGGCAGCGUGCAGGGUUACGACACUCCCCACUGCGACGGACGCCAGACUAUCGUACAUCUGUUUGAGUGGAAGUGGACGGACAUCGCUGCAGAGUGUGAGAGGUUCCUGGGCCCUAAUGGCUUCUGUGGUGUCCAGGUGUCCCCGCCCAAUGAACACGUGGUGGUGGGCGAGAAUGGGUUCCCGUGGUGGCAGAGGUACCAGCCGGUGUCCUACAAGCUGGAGUCUCGCUCAGGAAACAGGGAAGAGUUUAUUGACAUGACGAAGAGAUGUAACGCCGUGGGAGUGAGGAUCAUCGUGGACGCCGUCGUGAACCACAUGUCAGGGCUGGGUCGGGCCGGUCAGGGGUCAGGCGGUUCUUCCUUCAAUGCUGACAAUCUGGACUUCCCUGGCGUGCCUUACUCCAACACUGACUUCACUCCGAAAGACCUGUGCCCCUCCAGCAACGGGCAGAUUAACGACUACAGUAACGUGAAUGAGGUGCGGAACUGCUACCUGGUUGGACUGACUGACUUGUACGGGACCAACGACUACGUGAGACAAAUGGUGUCCAAUUACUUCAACGAUCUCAUUGAUAUUGGUGUGAUGGGAUUCAGAGUCGAUGCUGCCAAACACAUGUGGCCUGGUGACCUGGAGGCGAUACAGGGAAUGACACACGACUUGAGCACAGAGGCAGGCUUUCCCAGCGGCGCCCGGCCCUUCUUCUUCCACGAGGUGAUCGACCAGGGAGGAGAGCCCAUCACUGUUAACGAGUACUUUGGUGUGGGACGCACCACGGAGUUCAGGUUUUGCAAGAAGGUGGCAUGGGGCAUCAACGCCUUCGAUCAGCUGGGCGGCGUGUACGACCCUGGCUGGGGGAUGGCGCCCCCUGAGAAGGCUGUGGUGUUUGUGGAUAAUCAUGACAAUCAGAGAGGUCACGGCGGCGCUGGAGACGUACUGACACACAAGACGCCAAAGGAGUAUACCAUGGGCGUCUCCUUCACCCUCGCCCACUCCUACGGGUUCGCGCGGAUCAUGAGCAGCUACUACUUCGACAACACAGACCAGGGGCCGCCGGGAAGCAACAACGGGGGUAACACUGACUCUGUGACGAUUAACGGGGACGGCAGCUGCGGCGGUGGCUGGGUUUGUGAGCACCGGUGGAACGCUAUUACGAAGAUGGUGCGCUUCCGUAACGCCGUGGCAGGGACAGAGAUGACCAACUGGUACCAGGAGGGCGAUAACGUGGCUUUCUCCAGGGGGAAUAAGGGUUUCUUCGCUAUGUCCAAGUGGGGAUCGUUUGACAAGACGCUGCAAACUGGCUUGCCCGCUGGGACGUACUGUGAACUGAUCAGCGGCUGCGCAAACAAGGUGACGGUGAACGGUGACGGCACUGCACACAUCACCAUUAACAACAGUGAAGAGCCUAUCUUUGCUAUCUGCGUGGGCUGUGACACUGAUGGACCGACGGUGGAGCCUGGCCACACCACCACGCCGGGCCCCACCAAGCCUCCAGUGACGGGGCAAGCCAGAACUGUCAUCUUCGUGCAUAAACAAACUAGUGUUGGGCAAGAUAUGUUCCUUAGAGGCGGUAUUGACUCAGCCCACAGACCAGGCUGCACAGAAAACGCGGAAACAGACGCAUGCGCAAUCGACAUCACCACAAACAGCUUGGGCUCUAGCGAACAUUACAGCAAGUACGAGGCGUGGCGAGCAGGAGACACGAAGCUUGACUGGUACGGCGCGCAGCAAGGUCAGGGCAGCUACGAGGGCCAGGCCGCCUCAGGAACCCCCAUGGCCUGGACCACUAACAAACCAGGCGCCAAUGGGUACCAGGAACUGAAUACGUACGGAGAGCAUUACUGGAUGGUUGACUUAAUGAUGGACUGUGAUGAGACUGAGGAAGGCUGGUUUGACGCGAAGGCCUAUCUCACCAACGGGGCAGGCUGGGAAGGAGAUGUAACCCAGGUGUCAUCGUGCACAGGUGACGGGGGCAGCAAACCUUACACCAGCGGGAACCAUAUGGGCAGGUGUGGCUUCAUUAACGUGUUUGACUUCUCUGCUAACUCCUGCACCAUCAAGAGCUUCCCGUAACGCCUGUGUCACCUUCUUCCAGUCUCCUAUACCUUUUGAGGGAAGCCCCGGUACCGUCAGCUCGUAGGGUUGUGUGCUGAAGGUGAAUUGUCCUUGAACCGUGACUGUGGGAAUACUGGAGGAGUGGAUAUUUUAACCCCUUCAGUACUGGGACGCAUUUUUACCUUGAGAUUUGUGUGUGAUUUGGCCAUUUUGUUGAUAUUAGGAAAGGUCUAUGGAGGUCAGAAGGUUAAUGGCCACAGUCUUCACUAUUU